AAGAAAUAAUGCAAUUUCCCGUAAUUCAUCCAAUCAUGACGCUGCUUGCGUAUUGUUUCGAUACUGGCUGUUUUACAGAUAGAUAGUUGUAAACAGAUAUAGAUUAGUUGAAUUUUCCAUAAUUUUUUCCAGUAAAGCACAAACACACUCAAACAUAUAGCGCACGCGAUAAGAACAUUUGCGCUAGAGAAUGUGUUUCACAAACAGCCCGAGAAAACCCAACCGAACGAGCGUGGUAUAGAACCGGCAGAGAAGCAAAAAAAAAAAGAGUACAUUUUACUACUCCCAACCACUGUUCCACUACUCUCCAGCAACUGUCAACCGUACGCGUCUGUGGUCUGUGUUUGUGGUGUGUUACCACCUGUGUGAGGGUGCCGAUUAAAACCCUCGCGAAUCAUUCGGCCUCCCGAGCACCCUCUACGAUCGGGCGUUGAUCAACGCGCGCGCGCGCACACGUUCUUUGUGUUGCUCGGGAGGGUUGAUUCUCGCAGUCGAUGGGGUGGUGUGGGUCUUUUCUUUUUUCGGUUGCCAUCCCGGCCAACCCCCACCACAAUCGUAACAUCUCACACACACAUACGCGCGCCCAUUGGACCGCGUUGAGAUGACACGACGCUCCGGUCCGGUGUAGCGCGCGGUUCCCGAUGGAGACGCACUGCGGCAUCGUGUCAGUGACGAUCGUGUGUCGCACCGUACGACUGUGACUCGGCAGCGGAAUUUGCGCUACACGGAAACGCAAGCCGAACAUGUGGCCAAUCAUUGUGAGCGGUACGGCGCUGCUGCUGUCGAUCGCAAUCUGGUGGACGGUGGCGAACUUUGGCAGUGCGCUGCGGUACGCCGGCAAACUUGGCGGCCCGGUAGCGUACCCGCUGGUAGGGAAUGGGUUUCUGUUUAUCAACAAAACACCAGCCGAAUUCCUGCAACUGCUCGGCCGCCUGAUCGCACAGUACGGCAAAUGCUUGCGUGUUUGGCUCGGUACGCAGCUGAUCGUGCUCAUUACCGAUCCGAAGGACAUCGAGAUCCUUCUGAGCAGCCCAAAGUACAUCGAAAAGUCGAGCGAGUACGACUUUGUGCGGCCAUGGCUGGGCGAAGGUUUGCUGAUCAGCAGCGGGCGCAAAUGGCAGACGCACCGGAAGAUCAUUACCCCAACGUUUCACUUCAAAAUACUGGAAGAGUUUAUGGACAUCUUCGACCAGCAGGGCAACACGUUCGUCGACAUACUGCAUCUGUUUGCCAAGUCGGGCGAAACGUUCGAUGUGUUUCCGCUGGUGACGCUGUGCGCGCUGGACGUGAUAUGCGAAUCGGCCAUGGGCACUAAGGUGAAUGCGCAGAUGAACUCGGAAUCGGAGUACGUGAAGGCGGUUAAAGAGAUUACCAAUCUGAUACAGCUGCGUAUCUACGACUUUGUGAUACGGUACGAGUUCUUCUUCCGCCUGUCGGCCAACCGGCGAAGGCAACGGAAAGCCCUGGCCAUCCUGCACGGGUACACUGACAGUGUGAUCCGAACCAGACGCCAGGAGCUGAACGAUCGUGGUGCCGGUCAUGAUGAUGUGCCGGAGGAGGAUGUGCUUGGUCGUAAGAAGCGUAUGGCCUUUCUGGAUAUGUUGCUCCAGUCGACGGUUGAUGGGCGUCCGCUGACCGAUCUGGAAAUACGUGAGGAGGUCGAUACGUUCAUGUUCGAGGGGCACGAUACGACGACGUCCGCUAUUAGCUUCAUGCUGCACAGUUUGGCCCAAAACCCGGACGUCCAGGAGAAAGCGUUCAACGAGGUGCGCAAUAUCGUUGGCGAUGAUCGCAAGCAGCCGGUUACCAUGGCGAUGCUGAACGAUAUGCACUACUUGGAUCUGGUGAUCAAGGAGACGCUUCGGCUGUACCCGUCGGUGCCACUGUUUGGCAGGAAAAUGUUGCAGAAUACGGAAAUUAAUGGUAAAAUAUUUCCCGCCGGCAGCAACGUGAUAGUGCUGCCGUUCUUUAUGGGCCGCGAUCCGGACUGUUUUGCCAAUCCGGAGAAGUUCGAUCCGGAACGGUUCAACGUGGAACGGUCGGCCGAGAAGACGAACCCUUACCAGUACAUUCCGUUCAGUGCCGGGCCGCGCAACUGCAUCGGACAGAAGUUUGCCGUAACGGAGCUGAAGAGUUUGGUGAGCAAGGUGUUGCGCAACUACCAGCUGCUUCCACCGGAACAGGUGCGCGAGGAAACGUUCAUUGCGGAGCUAAUCCUGCGCCCGGAGCACGGCAUACCGAUAAGGGUUAAGCAACGGUGCUGCGGAAUAAAUGGCAAUGGCUGCCGCUGGUCGGCAGUGGCUCAGUGGCUGAUUAGAAGCCAAAGGAGCAACGUGCAACGUGCUGCAGUGUUACGCAAACAAAACAAAGAAAAAAAAAACGUUACGAGAAUGGUGUACUCCACGCUAGUGGUCCUGCUGGCACUGGGCAGCCUGGCCGUGGUCUAUCUGUACCGGCGGUUUGGCGAGAUGCUGAAGCACACCGGCAAGCUGGGUGGCCCACCGGCCUAUCCGAUCCUCGGGAAUGGGUUAAUGUUUCUCAACAAAUCGCCCGCUGCUUUUCUACGGAUCAUUGGGGAGUUGUUACAGCGGUACGGGGACUGCUUUCGCGUUUGGCUCGGUACCCAGCUGGUGAUCGUGAUGGGCGAUCCAAAGGAUAUUGAGGUACUGCUGAGCAGUCCGAAGUAUAUCGACAAAUCGACCGAGUACGACUUCAUCCGACCCUGGCUGGGCGAGGGUUUGCUCACAAGCCGUGGCCGCAAAUGGCACACCCACCGGAAGGUGAUCACGCCGACGUUUCACUUCAAAAUACUGGAACAGUUUGUGGAGAUAUUCGAUCGGCAGAGCAGCACGUUCAUCAAGGUGCUGGAACCGUUUGCCGCGUCGGGCAAUUCGUUCGACAUCUUCCCGCAGGUGACACUGUGCGCGUUGGAUGUGAUAUGUGAGUCAGCUAUGGGAACGAAGGUGAAUGCACAGAUCAACUCUACUUCCGACUAUGUGCUAGCAGUAAAGGAGAUCACGAAUCUCAUUCAGCUGAGAUUUUACGAUUUUCUCAUCCGGUAUGACAUUUUCUUCCGCCUAUCCGCGAACGCUCGCAAGCAAAGGAAGGUGCUGCAGGUGCUGCACAGCUACACGGACAGUGUGAUCAAGGGCCGGCGUCAGCAGCUCGCAAGCAUACAGCAAAGUGGUGCACAGGAAGAGGCAAGCGAUCAGGAUCUGGGCAUCAAGAAGCGGAUGGCCUUUCUGGACAUGCUGCUCCAGUCGACGAUCGAUGGCCGUCCGCUGACCGAUCUCGAGAUACGCGAGGAGGUGGACACGUUCAUGUUCGAGGGGCACGAUACGACGACGUCUGCGAUAAGCUUCUUGCUGCACAGUUUGGCCCAAAACCCAACCAUACAGGAGAAGGUGUUCGAUGAGGUGAGGAACGUGGUGGGCGAUGAUCGUACGCGUCCGGUCACUAUGGCGAUGCUGAACGACAUGCGCUACUUGGAUCUCGUGAUCAAGGAGACGCUUCGGCUGUACCCGUCGGUGCCAAUGAUUGGAAGGAAGAUGCAGGAAACGGCCGAAAUCAAUGGAAAGAUCAUCCCAGCCGGUGCCAAUCUGAUCAUUAUGCCGUUCUUCCUUGGCCGUGAGGCACGCUACUUCCCCGAGCCGGAGAAGUUCGAUCCGGAACGGUUCAACGUGGAACGAUCGGCCGAAAAAACGAACCCUUACCAGUACAUUCCGUUCAGUGCUGGACCGCGCAACUGCAUCGGACAGAAGUUUGCCGUGGCUGAGCUGAAGAGUUUGGUGAGCAAAGUGUUGCGCCAUUACGAGAUUUUACCACCGAUCGGGAAGCAGGACGAAUCGUUCAUUGCGGAACUAAUCCUGCGACCGGAGCAUGGUGUGUUUGUGCGGUUGAAGCCGCGGGUGUACUAGGGAGGGGAAGACACAAGACAUAAUCUGCGUAUGUGAUAUGUACAGCUAAGGGAAGUUGUUGGCGUGAUAAAAAGCUUUUGAUUUGAUUGUUACUGUUGCAUUUUGUGGUGCGAAUAGAGGAAGAGUAAACAUUUUAAUAAAGUUUUGAAAUUCAUUGUUUAUUGUUAUUGUAAAAAAAUAUGGAAA